GAUGUGUCGGUGUCAGUAAUCGCCAGUGAGGGGGGAUGCGAUGCAGUGACUGGUCUGUGGGCAUCGCCUUUUGCAAGAGUGCAAUUACUUGAAUGAAACCAUGUUUGUGCAUUGGUUAAUCGUUGGGCUGUUAUUGACCACGAAUGGACUGGAAGAUCAAGAUGAUGAAUGGAUCGAUCCUCAUGAUAUGUUGCACUAUGAUGCUGCAACAGGCAGAAUGAUAAAACCACAGCCGACCAGAAGUGAGCAAGAUUCUGAUACAUCGACCAUAACCCCUGAAGACAGUGUGGAAAUAGAGGGGAGCGAUGUUCCUUGUGCAGAAUUUUCUUGUUGUAACAGACAACUUGAAAAAUUACAAAAUGAGAAACAGACGGUUGAAGAGUUCAAAAAGAAAUCCUCAGCUGACUCAAUGGAAACGAGUUGCAAUCCUGUUUUCAAGCGAUACCUGAAUAAAUUACUUUUGGAAGUUGGAAAAUUGAGAUUACCCGAUGAUUACAACAAUGAACUCCAUUACGAUGCAGACGUUUUCAUUACAAAGCAGGAUGUGGCUGAAAUUAAAAAGUUUCUGAGCAAUGAAAAUUGGAAAGCCGGUGCAAUGGAUGAUGCACUUAGUAAAAUUCUAAUUAACUUUAAGAAUCACGAUCCCGACAUUUGGAAAUGGCGGUUUGAAGACACAUUUGGGGUGGAUUCCAUGACAGUAUUUUUGUUAUCUGCCAGCUUUGCCUGUGUCGCUCUAAUUAUCACGACUGAAUUAUGGACUAUUAUCUCACCUCUUACACAGCUAGUUCGUUUCUUUGUCCUCUGCUUUUUCGUCAGUGUUGUCUGGAAUUGGGUCUACUUGUACAAGAUUGCUUUUGCUCAGCGACAUGCUGAUAUUGUCAAGCUCGAAGAUGAUAAAUCUCUAUGUACAGGGUUACAGAGGAUGGAUUGGAAGGGAAGCCUUUCUCAAUGGUUUUUGAGAAUAUGGACUAUACAUGAAGAUCCCUGUGAAAAAUACUAUGAAGUUCUGUUAGUGAACCCUAUUUUUGAAGUCCCUCCAACGAAGGCACUGGCACUUACUUUAACAUCAUUUUUCAUCGAGCCAUUCAAUCACAUUGGGGAACCAAUUAGCCGUUUUUUGCGAGACAUUCUUAAAGACCUACCAUGGAUGUUACAAAUUAUGGUGUGCCUGGUAUUAAUCGUGUCUAUUGCUGCAUUCUGCUAUUCCUCAGGCCAUGCAGUUGUUCAGUACGGUUUAAUGAGACAAUUUCCAGGCAUGGGUCAUCAAGGCCAGCCUCCUGCUCCAGUCAUGUACCACAAUGUACCAUACGGUGCUAAUUAUGCCUAUCAGCCAGGCGGAGGAUACGUGGAUUACCAAGCAGGUGGCGAUGCUGCGCAUAUGCCGAUGCUCAGAAGAGGUGGCAGCCAAGUCCAUGAUCCAGCCACAUUUCCACGUCUUAAUAUACCAAGGGAUCUAGAUCAGCAGUGGGUGGGACAUGCUUAUCAACACGAUAGAAACGUGACGUAUGAAAGAGUUGCGAUGCCCGAUAACGGAAAAAGCGGCGACCAAUUGCGCCGAAGGAAGGUAGCAGAUCGGUUUCCUCCGGAGGUUCUUGAAGAGCUUGGGCCGUCUCAGAGACGCACGGUAUACCGCGCACAGCCUCCAGCACGCGCUGCACAAUACUCCACAAAUGACUUUUUUGAUGGUAAUUGUGAAGAACCUGAAGCUGGUGAUUUGCAAACCAAACCUGAAGCUGGUGUGAAUAAUGACAAUGAGGCGGUAUCGGACCAGGGAAAACCAGAGCAGAAGAAUACGCAGGAGCAAACUGGACAGGGUCCUGAACGCUUCAAAACCAAUGAUGCACCCAAUGCUAAAAUUUCAUCCUCUCCCUCAGGGGGCAGAGCUGUAGAUACACAAGCUAGUAAUAAAGGGAACAUGAGUGGAAGAGAGCCUGAAAUUCAAGUAACAGCACUAGAAAAUAUUGGAAUGAAAGAAUCCAAAAAUGCAGAAUCUGGAACGAAUCUAGAACAUGAUGUGAAGACUUCCAUUCAAGAAACUGAGUCAGAAACGACUGCAACCUAGGGCAGUGUCAAUCAAUAUUUGUUGCCAAUUGCUCCCUUGGUAGUUUACUGUGGAUUUGGAACCUUCACCAGAGUUCACUUAUCCAAAGCUUCAAAUCUUAGCACGUUCUGUACAUUGUGAGUGUCCUUGUGUCCUUCUGAGCACCACCAUAAAGCUAUAUCAGCGGGUAAUUUGAGUUUAAUCAAAGAAUAUUGUGACUGUACAGUUCCAUUUCUCUUCAAAAUCCAAUUCCACGUUACAAUCGUUUUUAGAGGCAAAAAUAGCACUGUGCGCUUUUUUUUAUAGAAAACAUACAUUUUGAAAGUUCUUGCCGCCUUUAAUGAAGCAGAUGUUCUUCGUUAAAAUUGAAAAGGCAAGGAAAUUCUAUGUAAUUCUGAUCGCAAUAUGCUUCUUAAAUUAUUUUUUUUUCCCGGUCUGAUAUUGGUUAUAUUGAGAAUGGUAUCAUCGCUACCAUUUACAAUAUCUGCAAUUAAGCUCAAUUCUUGUCACGUGGUUAAUCAUGCUGUAAAAGAACAGAUGCCUGAUCUUUUACUUGAACGUGUUUAAAAGCGAUGUGAUGGGCAGAAUAAACCUAUCUUCCCACUCCACAUUGGUAUACUGCUAAGUGCUUUAAUUUUUUUAUAAUCAAUGAUUUUAUGCAUAUGAAUUAGAACUUCAUUCCACUGAGAUGUUGUAAAGCUUUGUUAGUAUUCUUUGGCAAUGCACAUCGUUCUCUUGGUGCCAUGAUGGUAUUAACUUUGAUUGCAUACCCUACUAAGAUGUGCUAACAAUGUUAACAGAUCUACAAUCUCGAAAAACACGCUUUGGAGGAAAAUUUGUGUUGUGAACCUUUCAGUUUGUUCAUGAAGAUAAACAUAUGUGAAUAAUUUCAUGCUGGUAUCAUUUUGCAAUUUUUCUGACAGAAGGCUUUAGUGGUGUUACAAAUCCACCAAACAUGAAUCUUUUCUGUGUGUGCAUUUGUGAGUGUGGUGGGAAUGAGAUGGAUGUUGGGUAAAUGUUUCAUUUGUUUAAUAAUAUUGGUGUAAUAAUUUUUUUAAGAUUGCAGCUGUUGUGAUUUUAUUACACAGAGCAUAAUCUGCAGCAAUGAUAUCUGCGUUUUCUUGAGCCACAGAAGACUGUCUGGUUUUGUGUUGUGUACAAUAAAGACAUUUUUCAAAAUAAAACAUUGCAAUAGAAAUAGUUUAGCUGGAGUCAGACGUUCAAAACCUACAUGUUUGUGGUAAAUGACAGUAUACUAUUGUACAGUACAUUAAUAAAUGCAGAACAUUUAAUUUUAUACCCAA